CUGGCCCUGGAUGAGGCCGACUGCAUGACUGACAUGGGCUUCGAGGGCGACAUCCGCACCAUCUUUUCAUACUUCAAGGGCCAGCGGCAGACCCUGCUCUUCAGUGCCACCAUGCCGAAGAAGAUUCAGAACUUUGCUAAGAGUGCCCUUGUAAAGCCUGUUACCAUCAACGUGGGGCGCGCUGGGGCUGCCAGCCUGGAUGUCAUCCAGGAGGUGGAAUAUGUGAAGGAGGAGGCCAAGAUGGUGUACCUGCUUGAGUGCCUGCAGAAGACACCCCCACCUGUGCUCAUCUUUGCGGAGAAGAAGGCAGAUGUGGACGCCAUCCACGAGUACCUGCUGCUCAAGGGGGUUGAGGCCGUAGCCAUCCAUGGGGGCAAAGACCAAGAGGAAUGGACUAAGGCCAUCGAGGCAUUCCGGGAGGGCAAGAAGGAUGUCCUAGUAGCCACAGAUGUUGCCUCCAAGGGCCUGGACUUCCCUGCCAUCCAGCACGUCAUCAAUUAUGAUAUGCCAGAGGAGAUUGAGAACUAUGUACACCGGAUUGGCCGCACCGGGCGCUCAGGAAACACAGGCAUCACUACCACCUUCAUCAACAAAGCCUGUGAUGAGUCAGUGCUGAUGGACCUCAAAGCCCUGCUGCUGGAAGCCAAGCAGAAGGUGCCACCCGUGCUGCAGGUGCUGCACUGUGGGGAUGAGUCUAUGCUGGAAAUCGGAGGAGAGCGCGGCUGUGCCUUCUGCGGGGGCCUGGGCCAUCGGAUCACCGACUGCCCCAAACUUGAGGCUAUGCAGACCAAGCAGGUCAGCAACAUCGGCCGCAAGGACUACCUGGCCCACAGCUCCAUGGACUUCUGAGCCAACAGUCUUCCUUCCUCUCCAGGAGGCCUCAGUCCCCAGGACUGCAGCCACUCUAUGCACACACAGCAGCCCCCUGGACAGAACCAGCAUCCUCAGCCCAGCUGGCCUGGGCUGGGCCAGGCUAGGCCUGGCUGCCUGUUCCCUGUGCCCCUCAGAAUUACUAUUUUUGUGCCCUUUCACCCCAGCUGCCAUUAAAGCACAAACCUCGAUCCC